ACUGCCCGGCCAAAGGUUGCCCCUCGGCAAGGAGUGGAAGCCCGAGCGGUGCCGUGAGUCUCCUCCCUGCAGCCCGGACCCAGCCCCUGGAGGCUGCGCCUUUCAGGGGGCACAGGGGACUCCCUGCUCGCAGGGGAACCUCCCGCUCUGCUCUCCGCCAGCUCUGGUCCCUCGCCAGGCCGCCCGCCGUGCUCCCUGCUUCCCCCUCCAGCUGCAGCCGCGGGGCCAGGAGCGCUCGGGGCCUCGACGCCAGGUGCGGGUCCGGCCACACAGACGGCAGCUCACCUCCAGCCUGCGCCACCACCGGCUCCUCUCAGCCCACAUGGCCACUUCUGGAAAAGUCAUCCGGUGCAGAGCUGCUGUUGCCUGGGCAGUGGGCAAACCGCUCUCUCUCGAGGAGGUGGAGGUGGCACCCCCAAAGGCGCGUGAAGUCCGUGUCAAGAUCGUGGCCACAGGGAUUUGUCGCACGGAUGACCACGUUAUUGAAGGCAGUGUUGCUGAUAUAGAUUUCCCAGUCAUCCCUGGCCAUGAAGGAGCUGGGAUUGUGGAGAGCAUUGGGGAAGGAGUGACCUCUGUGAAACCAGGAGACAAAGUCAUCCUCUUUGGCCUUCCUCAGUGCGGGGAAUGCUGCUUCUGCAAGAAUCCUGACUCCAACUACUGCCUGAAGUCCCACCUCUCCGUGUCGCAGUGCCUGCUGCCCGACAAGACCAGCAGGUUCACGUGCCGGGGGAAGCAGAUCCACCACUUCCUCUGGAUCAGCACCUUUGCCGAGUACACCGUGGUGCCGGAGUUCACCCUGGCCAAGAUCGACGCCGCCGCGCCUCUGGACAAGGUCUGCUUGCUGGCCUGCGGCUUCUCCACGGGCUAUGGGGCUGCCAUCAACACCGCCAAGGUCAAACCGGGCUCCACCUGCGCCGUCUUCGGCCUCGGAGGAGUUGGGCUCUCCGUGGUCAUGGGCUGCAAGGCGGCCGGGGCCUCUCGCAUCAUCGGCGUCGAUGUCAACAAGGAGAAGUUUGCCAGGGCCAAGGAGCUGGGGGCCACCGAGUGCAUCAGCCCUCGGGACUUCCAGAAGCCUGUUCAGGAGGUGCUCACCGAGAUGACCGGCUACGGCGUGGACUACUCCUUUGAGGUCAUCGGGACAGCCGACACCAUGGUCGCUGCCCUGGCCUCCUGCAACAUGAGCACCGGUGUCUGCGUGGUGGUUGGAGAGGCACCAUCUGGUUCAGUGGUUCCCAUGGAUCCUUUGCUUUUUCUAAGUGGCCGAACCUAUAAAGGGACUCUGCUUGGAGGCUGGAAGAUGAGAGACUCCAUCCCCAAACUGGUCUCCAGCUAUCUGGAGAAGAAAUUUAACUCUGACUUGCUGAUCACGCACACGCUGCCUUUCGCUAAGAUCAACGAGGGCUUUGAAUUGCUACGUGCAGGCAAAAGCAUCCGCACCGUCCUGCUCUACUGAGGGACGCGGCCGAGGGAGGAUGAGCGCGGUCACUCCAGACCCUUUCAUUUGAACACGAGCUUCUUCUCAUCAGCAUCUCAAUGGCUUAUUCUCUCUGAAUUUUCUUCCCUUCAAUUUGUAUUUAUAAUCUGUGCAUACUGGGGCCUCCUGAGCAAAAUCUGCUGGCUUUUCUCCUGAUCUAGUUGUGCUUUUUGGGUAACAGCCUCAGAGAAAGUUAGGGAAUGGAACCACAAAGAGAAAUUGAACAGUACAUUUAUGUCCCAUACAUGUCUAUGGCAACAGCAGUAUGAUUCUGUGGGAGCUACCAACAUCACAAUUGUUCUGGCAACAGCAUUUGUUUUCUGCACAGAACGAAACACAAGCAUAUGAUAGGAUGGACUCAAAAUUAGCAACUGCUGUAAGACUCCUGUUCUCUACUGUAAUGCUUUCUAAAUUGCAAAACUCAAUAGGAAACAAAUGGGUUUGCUCCCUAAUGUAUACAUGAAGAAGCAUCGGAGUGUGAAACAUCACUCUCUACUGAUGCUUACACACUGCUAGAAGUGAAUGUAGACGGCACCCAGCUCUCAAGCAGACCACUGCUUAAAAAUAUUUUUGUUUUCUGUUUCACUGUAUGUCAGUCUGUACUGUUUUCCUGAACUUGAAAGGUGACAAUCACAUUCUAUUCCUCAGCAAGUGUGCCCUUUCCAAGACUUUCCUACUGUGGAAUAAACACAAACACAAAUGUCAGUCAGUUUUUGCUUUUAGCACUCCAUAAACUAGCCCUUUGUAAGCCUAGCAUAUUAUCUGAAUAAUCCUUGGAUUGAUUUUAAGACAAAUACUCUUAUGGUGGGCUUAUACAAAUCUUAGGAUAGGCAUGCCAGAUACUCUUUGGUGAUUCAUAUCUUAAGGGCAAGCUAGUUCCCAUUCAAAUCCAAUGCAUCACAAGAUAGAUUUUCUUGGGACAUCCUGCAAGUUUGCUAAAACCACAGUCUGCUGAUUGAGAGAUUAAAUGAAUAAAUAAAUAAAUAAAUAAAUAAAUUUAAAGUAAAUGAUGCACUUAAAAA